GUGCUCUGUCUACAGCUUCUCCUUCGAUGUGUGCGUGUGUGUGCGGUGGGGACAGGCGGAGAACACCCAGUUUCCGCCUGUGAUCGUCUGCGUGUGUGUUUGAGGAGAAGAAUCUGCCAGCGUGAGGUGUUGCAAAGGGAAAGGAAGACAGACAGAGAGAGAGACAGAGAGAGAAAGUGAGAGAGCGAGCAAAAAGUGACAGUGACAGGGAGCCAGAGAGUGAAAGCAAGAGAAAGAGAAAGAGGGAGAGACAGAGAGAAAGAGAGAGAGAGACAAAGAGGGAGAUCCCUGGGGUAUCAAGAGAGCCUGACGGAGCCACCACACAGCGCAGGAUGAACAUCGACGGGAUUUGAGAGAGAGAGAGAAGAGAGAGAACGACCCAGAGAGGGAGAGCGGAGAAAGAGGACCGUCCUGCACUAACAGCUCACCUCCGGCCAGCAUGUCAGGGAUGGACCCCCCGUCAGAGGACCUCGACGGGGCCGGCGUCUCCCCCGACGACGGCGCGUUCCCCCGGUUCUCCCCGACCUCCUCCGUGUCGGCGGCGGCGGCGGGGGGGAGCCGCCAGGAGAGCGUGUACGUGUACGUGUGGGUCUUCCUGAGCCUGCUGGCGUUCCUGCUCACGCUGCUCGUCGUCGCCCUCCACCGGCUGAAGAACAUCAUCACGUCCUCGUCCUCGGCGCCGCCCGACGCCGGCAGCGAGAGGGGCAGCUCCUUCACCAACAUGGAGAUCUGCAGCAUCUCCUCGCAGAGGUCCACCGUGUCCUCGCUGUCCACCUGACACACACACACACACACACUGACACACACACAGGCACACGCACACACAUCCAUUCACACACACACACCCAUUCACACAUACACACGGAGGUAGAAAGGACAGCGUGCUGUGCAAUUUACACCUGGACCGGCUCAUCAUUUCAAUCCCUGCCGAUGCCUCAUGGGAAAUGUAGUUGACAUUGUCAAUCAUGUAUAUAUACAGUAUUUAGCCCAUAUGUGUACAGUGGGUGUGAGAGAAAAAUAACUAUUUUGAGUCUCAUCUCAAAGAAGAGGAAGCAGAAUCUGAGAAGAUCUCAAGGAAAAAAAUAUAUUUUAGGGCAAUCUAUCCACAAAUCUAAGUUACUCUUUUUACUGGCAAGGACACAAACUCUACUGUUCCUGAUUUACUAGACUAACUUAGAAUUAGGAUGUAUCUCAAUGAAAUAUGUUUAAUGGACUGCUUUAGUAUCAUACGUAGCUCAAUAAAAGAGAACAACUAUUUUUUAUUAAACAUAUGUUUCCUUUGUUGUGAGGUUGCAAUGGAUAUUGCAGAGAUACUGACAAAACUGGGCCAAAAACCACUUGAAGCGAACAGUGAAAUAAGACUGGGGAUUGCCAAUGUUCAUUGGUGCAAAGCAACUUUAGAGUAGGGAAAGAGAGAGACAGGGGAAGGUGUCAGCUCAGUCUUUCGACGUGCACCCGGUCGGAUGUUACACAGCCGACAGGUCUAAACCGACACAAGGCUACACGGGAAAACAUCUCAGCUUGAUUGACAGGUCAUGUAGCGAAUCAAAUCCCUUUCUCCUGCCCAUGUCAGCUUGCUUCCGAUCAGCCGUGUUCAUGGUAAGCGAAACAUGACCAAGCUCGGCUCUACUCUCUGGAUUGUGUUGUCUGGGGAAGUUUAAACCUGAAUAGACCACAACCAGUUCCUCAACAAGGCUACAGCCAAACAUACCACAAUCUGGAAGAAUUAAACAACUCAAUUCAGUAAAAUAAGCAACAUUUCAUGUUUGUAUCUUCCGAAUCCAGUCCAGUCUGUAAAGAUAAUGAGAGAACUGCCGUGUAGGAUGACGUGAAGAGGAGGUACCAGAUAAGAGAGGUCAUGCGUUGCCGGGAUCGCUCUGAAGUGUUGCCAGGUUGUCUCUCAGGUUCUUCUGUUUCCUGGCCUCCUGCGAAUACUUCCUGGUUGGCCUGACGCAGCUCUGAUUGGUCCAUCUGUCCAAAAUGGCCGCCUGGUCCAGAUUGGUCUUCUUUGUGUUGGUCAGGUCUGACUUCCUGUAACGGUGGUGGGUCUCCAUGGAGAUUCGAAAGCAUUUGAUACGAUGUGGCAAAACCUUAACCGUGUAUGUGUGAGAAAUUCAGGUCAAGGUCAAGAAAGACGCAAAGCACAUUUUUGGGAAAGUAUCUUGUUGGGGGAAGUAAAAGUAUUCAGAGAUAAAAUAAAUAAAUAAGUCAGGUCAUCAAAUUCUUUCCAUGUUUUAUUUUUCUUUUCAUGGUUUUUUUACUUCAACUCACACAUGUCAUAUUUGACAUAUUUGCAAUAAAACAUGAAUACAAUAGUUUUUAGGGUUUUAUAGAUCCAAAAAUAUUUAGCCUUUUUUUUUGGAUACGUAAGUUGAACUUGGUUGGUAUGUGCGAGUGUGUAUUUGAUCGAGAUGGCUUACACACAUACAGUACGACUCACUUUUCACCCCCUUUUCCUCUCAUCCUCUCCAUACCUCCAUCCCUUUAUCAGCUACCGAAUCAUGAUAUUGCUUACAGCUGUGAGGUUGUACAACUUAAUUAUCACACAUGAA